GGUGGGCCCGAAUAGCCUAACGAUCGUCUGCGCCGACGGUCGUCAGGCGGCGGCGUGCGGAUGGAGGCCUCGGCCCCGGGCCAGGCGCGGCGGGGCAGGAGGCGGGCCCGGGAUGCGGGCUCCAGGCUCUCCCGUCCCGCUGUCCUCCUCUUCCUCUCCGCCCUCCUUGUGUAUGCGCCCCCAUCAGCUGGAUAUUUGAUUCGAUUACCAAGAGGAUUUCAUUUGUCCCAAGAUUUGGUGAAAAUAGUGGGAUCAACAAAUUUUCCAGUGAAAGUAUAUGUCAUGCUCCAUCAAAGAAGUCCACAUUUGUUAUGUGCAACCCAACAACUGCGAAACGCAGAACUGAUAGAUCCAUCCUACCAAUGGUAUGGGCCGAGAGGUAAAAUCAUUUCAGAAAACAGCUCUGUACAAGUAACAACCACAGGAAGCCUUGUAUUCCAGAACUUCGAGGAGGCUAUGAGUGGAGUUUACACCUGUUUCCUUGAGUAUAAACCUACUGUGGAAGAAGUUGUUAAAAAUCUUCAACUAAAAUAUCUUGUGUAUGCUUAUCGUGAGCCUCAUUAUUAUUACCAGUUCACAGCUCGAUAUCAUGCAGCUCCCUGCAACAGUAUCUAUAAUAUUUCUUUUGAGAAGAAGCUUCUUCAGAUUUUAAGCAAAUUGGUUCUUGACCUUUCGUGUGAAAUUUCCUUGCUUAAAUCCGAAUGCCAUCGUGUUAAAAUGCAGAGAGCUGGUUUGCAAAAUGAAUUGUUCUUUACAUUUUCAGUUUCAUCUCUAGACACUGAAAAAGGACCCAAGCCAUGUAAAGAUCCUAAUUGUGAAUCUUCCAAAAGACUUUCUAAGGCUAAAAAUCUCAUAGAAAGAUUUUUUAAUCAACAAGUAGAAGUUCUAGGCAAACGUGCAGAGCCAUUGCCUGAAAUAUACUAUAUUGAAGGUACCCUCCAUAUGGUUUGGAUUAAUCGCUGCUUUCCAGGGUAUGGAAUGAAUGCCCUGACACAUCCAAACUGUCCUGAAUGCUGUGGUAUGUAAUGAACUCUGAUUUCAUUUUUUUUAAUUUAUGAAAAUUCACUUAUGUUAUGCCUAUCACUUAUUUUUACUAUCAUUUAAAUAUUUCUUUAGCUUAUUUGAAGUGGUGUUUUUGAAAAGA